UUUGUGGUGGCGCUGUACCAAGUAUUUCUUGUCGAAGCUGAUUCUUGACAACGAACGUAAUAUAAUACAAAUAGAUCUACAUGAAAUUCUCAUUAUACAUCCGACUGCGAAGAUCAACAUGGCUAAAGUAAUAUCACAGGAAACGUUUGACGAUGUCGUUAAAGAAAAUAUGGAGGACUUUGACAUGGGUGUCGAUGAAGCUAUCGCUGAUGCUGUUACUCAAUUCGAAUCACAAGGCGUGAAUCUUCUCAACAUUAUCAAAGAUCCCGGUAUGUUUACAAAUGGUACUGGGCAAACAAACCACGCUGUUAUUCAAGCCCUGGAAAAGGUCAAAACUUGUGUAGAAACAAAUUUAGCUGAAAAUCUUCUGGACUCCUUGGCUAUUUUGCAGACUGAAUGUGAUGAGGAUUUAGCAAGAAGAUGUCUUGCAGGAAAAAAUGAUGGAUAUAAAAUUUUGAUGAAAGCGUUAAAUGUUUUUAAAUCGGAUAGCGCUUUAAUGGAGAUUAUUCUUACAACAUUUUGUUCACUUGUUAACGGUCAACCAGAUCUGCUUGAUGAAGAAGGAGUGACAUUUCUCUUAAAUUAUCUCACAGAAUGUAGUCCCAGAGAGAAACCACUCGUUGUUAAGCUAAUAAGACUAUUCUGCAUCAAACAUGAAAAAAAUCGUCAAAUUUUUGUACUGAACAAUGUCAUUGGAACAUUGUCUGUACUUUUAGCUAACCAUAAAACAGAACCAGAGCUAGUUCAAGAAAUAUGCAUUUGUUUAAGAGUUUUAACCUUUGAUGAUGAUGUUAGAGUACCAUUUGGCAAAGCACACGAACAUGCCAAGAUGAUAGUGACAGAAGGCGAUGCUUUGAAGAGAAUAUUAGAGAUUUGUCAAGAUUAUUCUGAAGAUUCUACAGUACUAGGAGAAAUGUGGUCAACACUCGCUUGUCUAGUUGUCCGUGAUGAAUUUUGUAAAGAAGUUUUAGAGAUGGGGGGCCUUGCCCUUAUCAUAAAAUCAUUUGAAAAAAACAUUAAUGAUAAAAACAUUACCCGGAAAUCUUUGACUGUCAUGAAAGCUUUGGCUGGUAAUGAUAAUGUGAAAAUAGCAAUUGUAAAAUCUGGUGGAAUAGAGUUAAUAGUUGCUGCAAUGCUUAGACAUCAGUCGGUUGCUUCAAUAGCAGAGGCUGCCUGUGCAACAUUAAUGACAGUUGCAUUAAGAAACCCUUCAAACAGUCAAAAGAUAAUGGAGUGUAAUGGACAUCAAGCUAUUGUUCAGUGUAUGAAAAUUCAUUCUUCAGUUCUUGGUGUUCAAAAGCAAGGGUGUAUGGCAUUGAGAAACAUUGUUUCUAGAACAAGGGAACAUUGUGAUUCUAUUGUAGAGUUAGGAGUAGAGGAAGUUAUAAAUAAAGCUCGAAAACAGUUUAAAGAUUUAGACGAUGAGGCAAAAGCUGCCUUGCGGGAUCUUGGUUGUAAAGUUGAUCUUAAAGAACAGUGGAAAGGGGAACGUGGUUCAAUAGUUCAUUAGGAUAAUUAGUUUCUUUAGUAUUUGCCCAAUCUACGCUAUACAAAAUAUUAAAAUAUUUGUGAACUUUUACACAUCAUUGUUAUCAUGUCUAUUUAUGUUGCAUGCCAUUGCAAAUAUAUUGCUUAAAGGGGAAUUAUUCAAGAGCUAAAUCUGCCUAUUGCAGGUCUUUCUUUAGGCCUUAAAUGUUUAUAUAAAUAAUAAAUUAGACAUUUAUUAACAUGACAAGAUCAUAAUCAACUCUCGAAGCCAUCAGAUGCUCUAGAUUUUCAACAGAUUUAUACGAUUUGCGGUUAAUGAUUUAACUUAAAAAUGGAUAAUCAAGAGUUUGUUUAUUAUCUUAACAGCGGUAGCAAUGAUAAUCCUGACUAUGCUGUUCUGUAAUCAACGAUUAACUCUGCUCAGAAUGAAGUUAUUUUACUGAAAUUUUCAUUCUUACUGCCUAAUUUAUUUUAAGAUUUUAUAUUAUGUCAUCAUUUGUUGGAAUAUCAUUUGAAUAAUUUAUAAAAAUUAUACAUAUUAUACAUGUAUACCAGUAUUUAAAAUAAAU